UGGCAAGAGACUUUAAUUUUCAGCUGAACAGAUUCUUACGUGUAAAGUUUCAGAGGAAGGAUUAUGGCCUGCUCCGGAUCUAAAUGGAUCACAAUUUUCAUUUUAUCUCUGAUAUCUUUAGUCAGCAACUCCACCUCGACAAACGCAAAGGGGCCAAACUCAUCUCAGGCUGUUACUUCAAAGGACAAAUGUCACAAUGUGUAUACUUCAAACAACUUUUACGCUGGAACGAACAAGAAGAUCAAAACAUUGCUUCGCGAAGUCAAGAACGAGCUCAGUGAGAUACGAGAGGAAAUAAGAUCACUAAAGGGAAACAAUAUUAGUGGGAAAGUCUAUAAGAGCUGUGCUGAACUCUACAAAGCUGGAAAACGAAUCAGUGGUGUUUACACUAUCGAUCUUGACGACGCCGGUGCCUUUGAUGUCUUUUGCGACCAAAAGACAGCCGGUGGAGUGUGGACAGUGUUCCAAAAGAGACUGGAUGGCUCGUUUGAUUUCUACCUUGGUUGGGACGACUACAUACGAGGCUUUGGAAAUUUAAACGGUGAGUUUUGGCUCGGACUGGACAAGAUUCACCGGCUGACAAAAGAACGAUGCAGAAUUCAUGUGGACCUCGAAGAUAUCAAUGGAAAGACAGCGUAUGCCGGGUACGACUUUUUCGGUGUUGCCAGCGAGAGAAGCAAAUACAGACUGAGUAUUGGAACAUAUUCUGGUAUGUGA